GCCGCCGCGCCGCGCUCGGGUGUCCCGGGCUGUGCCCCGCCGCCUCCCCCGCGGCCGCCGCCACCAUCUCCGCGACCCCCUCACCCGGCCGUGCCCUGCGGCGGGAAGGGGCGGCUUAACGAGCCGCACUUGUGCCCCGCAUGGCGGCCAGCUGGGCCGGGGGGCCGGGGGUGCCCCGCGGCAGCUGAUCGCGGUUAGCCGGGGGCGAGCCAGAAAGGGGCGAGGGUGGCGUUGCCCCUCCCGCCCUCAGCGAGUGCCCCUUCCUCCCCGGUGCCUGGGCCCGGGCGCCGUGCCGCGCCGCCGAUGGAGCUGGAGGCGCAGUGGUGGACAGGACAGCUGGCGGCCGACAUCCACCAAGCGCUUCGAUACAAGGAGCUAAAGCUGCCCUCUUACAAAGGCCAGUCUCCCCAGUUACACCUGAGAAGAUACUUUGCAGACCUGAUUGCCAUUGUGAGCAACCGGUUCAGGCUGUGUCCUGCUGCGCGCCACCUGGCUGUGUACCUGCUGGACCUCUUCAUGGACCGCUACGACAUAUCCACACAGCAACUGCACGUGGUUGCUCUGUCCUGUUUACUUUUAGCAAGUAAAUUCGAAGAAAAGGAAGACAGUGUUCCCAAACUUGAACAGUUGAACAGCUUGGGUUGUAUGACUAACAUGAAUUUGGUACUAACAAAACAGAAUUUGCUUCACAUGGAGUUGUUGUUGCUAGAAACAUUUCAGUGGAAUUUGUGCCUCCCAACUGCUGCUCAUUUCAUCGACUAUUAUCUUUCUAUUGCUGUCCAUGAGACUGAUCUUCAUGAUGGCUGGCCAAUGGUUUGCUUAGAGAAGACUAAGUUAUAUAUGGCAAAAUAUGCUGAUUACUUUCUGGAAGUAUCAUUGCAAGAUCAUGAAUUUUUAAAUUAUGCCCCUUCUUUAGUUGCUACUGCAUGUGUAGCUUCUUCAAGGGUUAUCCUGCGUCUCUCACCCACCUGGCCCACACGGCUGCAUCACCUCACUGCCUACUCCUGGGACUUCCUGGUGCCGUGCAUUGAGCGACUCUUAAUUGCGCAUGAUAACGAUGUGAAGGAAGCAAACAAGCAGAAAGGACAACAGGCUCAGUCUGCCCAGCACGCUGUGUUUCAGCCCCCAGCUCCAAGUGCCCAGCAGGCCAAUGCUCAGCAGCACCAGCACGUACCACAGUACCUGCAGGCUCACCAGUCCUCCUUGCAGUUCCACCACCCAGCAUCACAGCAGCAAAGCUGCCAGCAGAUACUGUCAUCCACUCACACAGCCUCCUACCCACUGCAGACCUGCCCUGCUGCCUUACAGAGCAGUGCUCAGGCUCGAGGCCACGUGCAGACGGGCACUGCCAUGUCGCUGGCUGUGCCACUGGAUGUGAAGCCGUGCAUAAGUGUCUCCUACAACCGGACAUACCAAGUGAAUGGACGAUAUUCCUGUAUUACUCCCUGCUUUGAGAGGUGAUAAGUACAAAAUGCUUUUGUGCUCGUUUGUUUUUUGGGGCAGAGAGUUGUGUGGAAAACUGUUUCAUUUUUUUGUUAAACCUCAAAGUUGGAGGGCAAAAAAUUGAAUAAAAAAAGGUGUCUUCCCAGGAAAGAAAGCAACUGGAUUGGCAACCGGUACCACAGCUCAAAUAACAGCCUGCAAAAAGUUAGCACACAGACCAUCCUCUGAAAAAGAAUCUGUAUGCUUGGGGAUAAUGUGUUCUUCCUCUGACACUCAGAAUAUUCUGCUUCUAAUGUGUGUCUGUGAAAUACUACUCAAAAGAAAAGCCAGCUGUGGACUAACUACAGACUUAUCUUUUAAUGAAGGAGAUAUGCAGUAUUAUUUUGAAGACAUUUAUGUCAUCCCACCGUACAGUAUUAACACUUACUUUAUACUUACUGAAACUUAAGAAUCCACUGAAUGCCCGACUUCUACAGGUACAUGGAGAUCACAGGAAGAAACAAAUCUCAUGUGGCUAACUCCAUAAUCUUGCCCCUUUUUCACCGCUUGUGUUGGUUAUUUGCUUUAGGCUAACGCACGUGAAUUAACUGGUAUUUUGCCUAGUUUUUAAAGUUUUGUACCUUACAGGAGAGACAGUGUAUUUUUGCCUCUUUUAUCCUCCCUGUCUUUUUUGUGUUUAAAGUAACUCUUUCAUACUAACUCAGGGACUUUUCUACUCAUUACUCUGUGCUGCUGGUUUGUACGCUAAUUGGGUUUAACUCGGGGAAGGAAGGCAGAGGGGGAAGAGACUAUAGCAAGUGGAGUGGCUUUUCUUCAGGGCAUCUAUGCAGAGUACCAAAGGGAUAUGUUAGCGUUCACAGAAUGUAGAUGUGAACUACUGCCCAGCAGUGUGAUAAUUGAAGAAAAGAGAAAGUUUCAACUGGACUUGUACUGUACCAGAACUACUGCAGUGGCCGUGAUUCCUCUUUGUACACGCACACAAACACAUGAAUACUAUUAACCAACAGAAAGCAUCCUCCAGUUGUACUGAAUCAUCCCUACAGAAAAAGUACACUUAAAUGCUGACAGGAAUCCAGUUCUGUCACGUUUAUAGUGGAGGGAAAUUCUCAGGUAAUAAAGGGGCAACUUUUUCUUCUACUAUUUGGGAGUUCCAGAAGAAGAUGUAGAGAUUUGCUCUUCUACAUGGGUGGAUCAAAAAUAUUUUGCAGAGUGAACUCCUUCACCACAAGUAAGGUGCUAAUAAUAUAACUUCAUGGAAUUACACUAUCUCCUAUGGAGUGGAUAGUCUGAGGGUAGAAAGCUUCACUCAUCCACCUCUUGGAUGAAAAUUAUGGUAGAGAUAUUAAUGGAGAUGGUUUUUGGGGUCCUUUGUGUGUUUGUUGGGGUAUUUUUAGGGGGGUGUUGUGGUUUUUUUGUUUUUCUUUAAAUACAAGAAGAUAUUAGACUUUCUCCUGUGGUAGAAUAUGGGAGGAAGUGGUAUGAAUAACAGGAUUCUUACUACUUUAAAAUAUCUUUAUACUAUGUGGGCUUAAGGCUUUUUUUGGUAGUUUCAUUUGUUUUUUCACCAUCUUCUUCCCUGUCUUAGUGGCAGCACUUAAAGUUGUGUACCAUCAAAUGACACUGAAUUAUUGUGAAUCUUACAGAAACUGUUUUGAAAGCAGGGGCAAUUAAAUUACAUUAUCAAUAUGAAGAUGAAAGCUUUAUCACCAUAAUGUUCAGAAUGGAGGAGGACAGCUGUGUUCAUUCUUUCUGGGGCUAAAUUAUAACAUGCUACAAAAACCCUAUUUAUUGUUGAGGAGAAGAAAUCCUGUUUCUCUUGUUUUGUCUUUAAAUCCCAAUUUUUGUUGUAGGCUUUUGUAGCAUAGAUGUGCAAGUCAAGAAGAAUAAGAGGAUGAAGGGAAAAGAUGUCCCUCUCCCUUUUAUCCUAGAGAAUCAACUUUGAAAUAGGCAUAGUGUGGUCAAUUCCUUAUUAAAAUGAAAGUUGGUUUGGUUUUUUUCCUCUCCGCUCUUCAUCUCUUAAUGAAUAUUUCCCUAUGUCUGAGAGUAGUGUUAAGUAGAGACUUUCCACCUUAUAAGAUGCCAUACUUUUUACUCAGCACUGUUAUCCAUUUUAGAGGGAAAUGGACUUCUUUCUGCUGGUUUCAUUUUGUUGCAAUGCUGUAUCCAAGUCCUCAGUGCUCUAACUACCUCUGAUGCUAUGAAUGUACAGUCUUGUAAUAGACCAUGACUUGAAAUAACAGCAGAUGCCUGUAGCAAUUUUUUUCUGUAAAAUCUUCAAAUCAUCUAACUUGUCAUCUUUUUUUGCAACACAGCAGUAUAGGCUCUUCUUUUUUGGGGGUAUUAGUAAAUUUAUCCCAUAGGCAUUUGAUAUAUAAAAAUUUAACUAAUACUUAACACUGGAAUUAAAAUGGGUGGGGGGCUUUUUUCACUUAGUUAAUACCACAGCUUUACAUUUAAUAGGGUGUUUUUUAUUUGACUAUUUUAAGACAUUAGGUCAAUUGUAAAAAGAUCCACUACAUACUGUUUGUUUUUAAUUUAUUACUUAGUCUGAGUUUUUUUCUGACACUACAGCUGCAUCAUGACUACAGAGAAAAUGUACACUGAACAGUUUCAAUCUAUAUUAUUUAAAAGGGCUUUAUCAGUGUACAUUAAAAAUACACUGUUCUUACUAUUAGAACCAAAACGUGUUUUUUAUGGCAUAAAUAAGAAUGGUGCUUCUAAAUGCAAAAUGUCCAAAACAAUGGAAUCUUUGUGAGUGCUAUGCAUUCAACUUAUUUUUUAAAAUAAAACUAGUUUUGAGUAAGAAGGCUCCAGUGUGUAUUACGCUUUGUAUUGUGCUUUAUAAAAAGUAUGUAAACUGUCUUGCCCUGUGUAGCUGCCUGAAGCUGUAAGGAUUUCUUUCUUUCCCUCCCCCCAUGUUUUCCGUGACAUAUCAUAAGCUUCAGGAACACUCAGACUUCACAAUUGAAAAAAAAAAGUAGGAAGGAAAUCAUGCAGGAAGGAGCUUUAAAACUUAAUUGCAGCCACAGCAUAUGCUAAAUAUUGUACACUUCAACAAUGAGUCUAGUGCACAGCUGUAACAAAAUAAAUAAGGAACAAAAGAACUCUAAUAGUUCAAGAGCCAGCGGGUGGAAUUCAUUUUGUUCUCAUGCAAAAAAGCAACCAUUAAUACUGACAAUCUCAGAUUUCUAAUACUAGAAAUCAUUUAGGAGAUGUGGGAAUAGCCUCUUGUCAAGAGCCACAAGCACUUGUGUUAUUUACAAUAGCUGUGAAGGCUCAGUCAUGCUUCAGGCACUGUAAAAUC